CGAUUAGCACAUAUAGCGACCGCAAGCCGUAGCGUAGUUUAGGGUCUCAGCCUUUCUUAGUUGGCGACGGUGUCUCUCGCGAGGAGGAUUCGCCGCUGUGCCGAAUCCAACAAUAUACUCGGCGAGUCCGAUUGGUCGGCUAAGAUAUUCUUACGUCCUCAAGAAAAACGAGACGAUGGCAAACUCCUCAGAGGGAGACACCGUCAAGCCGACGAACACGAACAAAUCAACGACGACUGGAAUCAACAUUCUCACACCCAAAGAGGGUGCGAGAAAACGACGACGCUUGGAAUCUCUGACAACGAAUUCGGAGAUCCCUGAGAAAACGCAGCGACGCGACGAGUCGUGCAACUUCUAUGCCGAAGCAAGCAGCGAAAGAAUGGCUCAGCACAUAGAAGACAAAAAAGACUCGUCCCAGCCACGCCUGAGAAAGAAGGAUCAGACUGUUCCAAUAAAUUCACAAGAUGUUCGAAUGUCACAAUCUUGCGAAACAGGCGUGGGAAGAAGUGAUGCGACUAGAUUAAGGAAAACGAUACAAUGGCUUGAGGAAGGUGCUCGAAGGUUACGCGAGGACCUGGCGCACGUGCGAACCGAACUACAUGAAGAGCGAAGGGCGGCAAAAAUCUCUAAGAGAGAGUUUGAAUCUACUAUCAGAGAAGCCAGAUUUGCUGAGGCAACCAAGUAUCAAUCAGUCAUAGCUGAACUAAAAACCAAGAUCGUCCAAUCUGCGUCACCAUCGCCGUCGCCGCCAUUCAAAUCGGAUCCCGUCAAAGACGAGAGUCACAAGCGUGAAUUAUCAACCCUCAGAAAACGCUUAGUUGAAGCUGAGGGCACGAUACGAAGACUCGAACAAUUGGUGAAAUCACAAGCGAGCAUUACUCGCAAUACCAAUAAUAUUUCUUCCUACGGUGAUGCGCGCCGUUUGGAAGCGGAAAUACGAAAUUUACGCGCAGAAAACGAGAAACUCGAAGAGAAAUUGCGUAUCGCUCUAAAUGCCGAGAAAACUCGCAUUGCUGAGAUACGAGCUCAACGGGAAAAUCACGAAGCUGAACUUUCCGCAUUGCGAAAAUCACUUCGUAGCGAUGCUAUAAAAAUGAUGGAUGAGCUGCGUGGCAAGAGCCGAGAGAUUGAGAAGCUGUCGAAGCUCUUGAAACGUCGAAAGUUGGCGCCGGCGGAGCAAGAGAUGAUGCGGAAGUUACGGGAGAACGAGGGAAACCGACCGAUACAGUCAACAUCUCGCAUAGAGAAAAAAAAUCUCAAAGACGAUGAUCACAUGGUGAGGUCAUAUAUGCGCGCAAUAGAAUCCAACAGAGCCAUAAAUGAAAUCGAGGUCGAGCGUCUUCGUGAACUCGCGCUUGAACAGCAGGAAGUCAUCGAAAUACUUAGACAGGCAGUUAAGGAGAGAGAGAGAAAGUUGGAGCAGUUAUCCAACAAGAAGAGGAAGGAGGAAUUUUAUAAACAGUGGCUAGAGUUAGAGCCAGUGGCUGAAGUGGAUGACGAGGAGGAUCAUGAAGAUGAUGACAGCGCUCUAUCGAGUGCCCCGUCCUCGAUGUCGCCACAACCUGGGGGCUAUGGUCAGUGGCAAGGCAAUGGUGUCACUAGAGAAGCAUAUGAAACCGUUCUCAUCGAGAUCGAGGAUCUACAAUCAAAGCUUCUUAAAGAGCAACGCGAGCUAUCGCAUGCCAGAAUUCAAAUUUGCGACUUGGAGAAAGCACUCUUGCAAGAGAGAUGUGCCGAUCGUGAUAAAGAAUUAAGUGGGUUGAAUGAUAAACUUCGAUCUGCUGAAGAACGAGAAGCCGCACUUUUGGUGGAACUUUCGGAGAUACGAGAGCAAAACGAGCUGCUAGAAUUUCGAUUGCUCGAAAUGGAAGAAAUACCUAUGCGCAAAGAUAGUCCCGAUACGGUGGACAGCGGCAUCGUUUCACCAGAACCUGUUCAUGCGAACAAGGAUCAUUUAAUUAACAAACAGAGAAACCGUGCCGUGGCAACCGUGAUACCCUACACAAAUGCUACAAUGAAUUCUAUAAAAUCUACGUCACCCGUGUUACCGCGAAAGCCCCCGCUUACCCUUCAGGAAAGUGGUAUCUUCGAGGAGGAAGAAGAAGAAGAAGAAGAAGAAAAAGUGUAUGAAGAUGAAGAAGAGCGCGACAUCGAGUUUGCCAGCCGCGGUACUCAGACGGAAGCACCGUCCGGCGAACUCCUGCAGGAAGUGCAGCGUCUUCAAGAAUUAAGAGCUCGAAUUCAAGAACGAGCGGCUAAGAUCACAACACCAGUCUUCCAUCCGAUUGAUUCAUCUAAGAUCUGCUUUGAUGUGUCAACAAUGGAUUCGAUAGUCCAGCUGACCUCCUACCAGGAGCGCGUUCGCGAUCUCGAGGAAAGACUUGAAAUGUACGAGGAAGCUGAAAAGAAUCGGGAACAAAAAAAGCGGCUGUCUAAACAGCGAGAAGAGGAGCUAUUGGAUGAAAACUACAGACUUACGGAGAAAACAUACUGGUUGGAAAACGAACUGCGGACCAUCAGCGCAAAGUGUACUGUCAGCGAGAAUAACAGUGGAGAGACAACUGUCAUGCAUCAAAUAAAGAACAUGGGCCAAAAUAAACAUUCAAAAGAUGUACAGAACUUGGAAAUUGUACAAGAUCAACUUAAAGAUCCAAAUUGCACGCGUGCUGUUCAAACCAUAGAAACAUAUGGAAAUUACAUGGCUACAGAAUGUCCUCAAUGUCAAGAUAAAGAUAAAUCCGACAAGCAGAUCACUCUGGGUGCUCAACGUAGUGUCACGCUUAUAUCCCUAGAGGAGAAGGAGAAGGAAGACGAACUGAAACUCUGUAAAUCCGAAGAACCGGCCGUUACUGAUCUUACCAAAAACGACUUAGAAAAGAAGGUUAGCCGAAGACGAGUUGGGAGUAACGAGCGCGAAAUACGGUCCGCGAAAACAGCAAGAAUGGCAAAUGUCAGAUUCGUCCGCGACGUCUCCUUUGGACGAAGAAAUCAUCCAUUAGUCUUGUAUCAGGAAAUUUGUGUUUAGCUUAUGCCGUCGCUAUAUCAAAUCCUUAACAACGAACUCUAGUAAGAGGGCGUGGCUUAAAAAUUCAAUAACAUCGUCUAGUAAACUUUCGCUGUAAUUCCCCGUUUUCACACCGAAGAAAGUUGUGCUCGCGUUAUAAUUAAAAGCUGAUGUCUGCCUAAGUUGAUAUGUAGUUUUUGAGAAGCUGGGAAUUUCCCUCGCGAUAGAGGAUCGCGCGAAAGAAAGCGCAUGUUCUUCGGAGCGACAAUUUCCAGAAAAUAGCGACGAACAGAAGAAGACCGAGGUCGUGGAGAGAAAAUACGGAUGAGGAGGUGAGGAAGAGAAGGAGAAGGAAAGCUAACCGACUGCAUAUCUACCUUACGUCUUUUAGCGUGAUCUAUUUUCGCUGGAGAUAAAUGCGAGAAGAGGUUCUCCAUCGUCUCUCGUCGUCGCAGACUCUGUCUAUCAACCCACGAGUUCCACGGAAGAGUCAAUGAACCCGUGGGUAAAACCCGCGGCACAAACGAGGACAAUACGGCUGGCGCUGCUUGGUGUGCCCAAGUGACGAUCAGAAAUGGUACGUCCUAGAAAUAAAACGAGGGCGCCUGCGGAUCGAGUGCCAACCUGAACCCUCGGUUUGGCGUACUUCACCUUCCCCACGUCACGACCAAUCUUUUCGUACAAGCUGUGAAAUCAAGUGCCAAAUAAGCCGUAGAUUAUAUAUAUCUCCCUCACACGCGAGCGUAAAUUAUAUAAAGCGUUACUAUAAAAUAAUUAUAACGAUGCUUUGUAAUAAUUAUUACAACGUGCAAUAAUUAUUACAAAAUAAUUUCACGUAUGUUUCGAAAUAUCCGCGAUCGAUGCAUUUUUAAGAGAUGAAGAAUGACGUCCAGAGAAAAUCAGAUUGAAGAUGACUGCACUAAACAGACAUGUACCAAGCGACAUAUCAAAUGUAUCUUCGAAUUCUUAAUACGUCGUCUCUAUCGAAAUUUAAAUCCACGUUUCGACGUAAAUUUAAAUUUGAUGUGAC